ACCAAGACAAAAUUUAUUCAGUUAUUUGCCAUUGUCAGUCUCACCAUGUUCAGAAAUCUGUUAGUGUUCUCUCUUCUACUGCUGACUGUUUCCCGUUGCACUGAUCUAUCAAAAGAUGCAGCCUAUUUACUAUUAUCCGAAGGGUCCGACAAUUCUACAGUGACUCCAGAUCCUGAAAACAGUACAGAUAGCUCUUAUGUCGUCUCAUAUCUUUACGGAAUUUCACUUCCCAUGUUAGAGUACUGCCAUCAGCAUCCUCAAUUGAUGCAUGAGUGUACAAGCAAGUUCAUCAGUUUUGAAGCAGAACAAGCAAGUGUAGAAGAAUCGAGACGUUUGGCCUUCUAA